AUGGAUUGUGUAAGAAGCAAACAGAAUACACAAUGGGGACCCCAGGCCCUCCAAGGACCUGAGAACAGGUUAUUUACUGCACUUGAAAAUGGAGAUCUACAUCUGCUCCGAAUCCUGGGUGCCAGACAUGCAGACAGUGUGCUCCAAGUCAGGGGAGGAGAACUGAGGUAUCGGCCACAAGCAGCUGCACAGUUUGGCCUGUCAGGUCUUUGGAGUCUGGAGUAUACUCAGGAGCUCACUUCACCACUGUGCAUCACAUGUGCUCGGGGCUACACUGAGUGUGUGCGCUACCUGCUGCAUCGUAGAGCAGAUCCCAAUGCCUCUCCUGGGGGAAGCUCUCCCCUACACAAAGCCUGUGCAGGAGGCCAUGGGGACUGUGUUCAACUGCUGCUCGAACAUGGAGCCAACCCAAAUAUCAUGAGUGAUGCCGGGGAGACACCACUGCACUAUUGUGAUAUCAACAAAUCCUUGAGGUGUGCACAGCUGCUGUUAGACUAUGGAGCAGAAUUAAAUCAAGCCACUGAAAGUACCCAGGACACCCCACUCCAUAUGGCUGCCAGGCUCAAUCUCUUGGCUCAUGCACAACUCUACCUGCACCAUGGAGCAUCAGUUCACUUUCAGAACCAGGAGGGUGAAACCCCAUUAACCACAGCAUGUGGUGCUAAAGUAGAUGAUGAGGACAGUUCUCUGGCACUAUGUCACCUGCUCCUGGAGAGAGGAGCUGAUCUAGAGAUCCCUGACCAACAGGACAGAAGACCCCUACAUCAUGCCUGUCGUGCAGCCAAACACAGAGUAGUAGAGUUGCUGCUGUGUGCUGGUGCCGAUGUGAAUGCUACAGACUAUAAUGGUGUCUCACCUUUAAGUUGGGCCUUGCAAGCUGCCGAACUGAAGCUAGAAAAUAGACCUCACCUUAUUGUACACAUCCUGCUUAAUCAUGGUGCUCACAUAUUCUGUCCAGACAUGUUUGGAAAGGUGCUGCGCUGUUGUUCCAGGAUCCCUCAGAUCAUUGGUCUUUUGUACAACUCAUACAGGGAUCUACAAACCUGUGAGCAGUGGAAGUGUGAGAUCCCAGAGGAAGUGAUUCAGGCUCACCACUCGUUUUACACCACCUUUUUCAACCUCUCUGGCUCAGUUCGUUCCCUGCAGCACUUGUGCCGCUUUACACUGCGGAGACAUUUAGGCUGUCGGUGUCACAGUCUCAUCCCCUUAUUGCCUGUCCCCAGAUCUCUACAGGAAUACCUGCUGCUGGAUAGCAAGUUAAGUCUCUCCUGAGACCUGUCCUGUUUUCAGCUUGCCUGUGCUUAACAGUGCAUAGAACCUGAUUCUGUCCUAU